AUGAACAUUUCGCCUAUGAAGAUAUUAUCCUUAUCACAGGCGGCGUCUAUGCGGCAUUGGACUCUGGCUUCCUUCCCCAAAGACACCGACAUCGCACUUACAUUCGGAGAGGACGGAACCACUUUAUCUUGGAGGAAUGGUUGUGAGAGCACCGUCACUAGGUCAUCGCCUCCGCCACCCCAGUUCCCUGCAGAAGGACUGCCUUGUAUAUUCGUAAGAGGGCUUACCGUCUCUGCCAGAGCUCACCUCUCCGUAUCUGAAGCAGAAACGGGCGUAGAAGAAAGUCCGAACGAGAUCCUUCCUAUAUGGGAGUUGUUCAUCAAGGCUCUCCCGACGGUCCCAGUCUCGCACAAUGAUGAUGGCAAAUGCUAUUUGACCUGUGUGGGGUUUCUGAGGGGCCGUUUCGGCGAUGCCCUCGAACAGCACUUCCUCGACACCAGAGACAUCUUCUAUCUCAAUGCUUCACCAACAAGCCAUUCAAUUUUGCCCACCCGGAAGCGAAAUCCAGACCUUCUCGAGUCGAAUGAAGCAGACGCAGACUUGGGGCUCGUUCUAACCCAAAAAGCACUCGACUCCGCAUCUGCCAACGAUCCCUGUCGACCCGGGUUAAUGUGCGCUCUCAGCUCUUGGCUGUUACAGCGUUUCGAGAGACGAGGAAACCUCGUCGACAUCGAUGCCUCUAUUCUGAAUCACGAGGAAAGUAUUGACCUUACGCCCGACGACAAACCCGGGAAGAGUCACUGUCUCAAGGGACUGGCUCGCAGUCUUCGUUCCCGCUAUAAUGCAAUACGCGAUAUUCGGGAUAUUGAUAAAGCCAUAGCAAGGCUUCAGCAGGCAGUAUCACUUUCGCGCUACGGGACACCUAGUAAAGAAGGUUCACUCGGUGAUCCGGCGAUGCUAUGUGACCUUGGGAUUGCGUUGCGUCUGCGCUUUGAGAAUGGAAAUCGUGUGGCGGACCUCGAUGCAGCCAUAGAUGCUCAUAGAAUGGCUAUUGAUCUCGUACACGAAGGCGACCCAUUGAUGUGCAGCGUUCUGGGUGCCUUGGGCGUUGCGUUUCUAACUCGGUUCGAGCACUCCGGCCACGCCGUUGACAUCGAUUCAUCUGUCGCCGCUCUCCGAGAUUCUGUGAAACUUUCUGAAGAAAAGUCUCCGGCCCAUUUAAACAACCUCGCUUUGGCGCACACCCUCAGGUUCAUAGGUUUCGGGCAGUACGACAGCAGCAAAAACCCGCUCGCGCCUGAUGGACGUGGAUUUCUUCAGGAAAUACUGAGCUCUUUGGAUCUACCGUCGUGGCGAAGACUCAAUCCAAGCGGGGAUGUCGCAGACAUCGACGAAGCCAUUCGACUGCGGGAGCGAGCUCUAUCAUUGAUCUCGGGCCACCUUCCAGAAAAAAUGUUAUGCCUGUACAAUCAGGCGCACCUAUACGAGAUUCGAUAUAGACACUUUGGGGAGGGUGAAGACCUCGAUAGAGCAAUCGUCUUAUUUUACGAGGCGAUGAACAACAGGACCGGAAGCCCCGUCGAUAGAGUACGUGCUGCAUACCACGGCGCAGAUGCAUACUACACCCGUCAUCGUGCGCAUGACCUAGAUGCCCAUCGAGUGGCGAUGGAGCUCAUUCCUUCCAUCGUUUGGAUGGGAAGGCCUCUCGAAGACCGAUACGAAGCAACCAAAAUCGUUCAAUAUUCGGCUAUCCACGCAGCGGCGGCAGCGAUAGAUUCGCACCGGCUCGAUCUGGCACUCGAGUGGCUCGAGAUUGGGAGAAAUAUCGUAUGGGGUCAGAUUCUUUCUCUUCGGACCCCUCUCGAUGACCUUCGUGAAGUCGACCCGGGACUCGCAGGCCGACUAGGAGGUGUGUUCAGUGCGCUGGAUCAUAGUGGGCCAUCCACAGAAGUUGUGACCGAAUCGAGCUCGGAGGUCACGGUCGAACGUGGGAUUCAGACGCGCCACCGGCUGGCAGAAGAGAAGGAUGAUCUUCUUGAACGAGCACGCAGGAUACCGGGCUUCGAGAGGUUCAUGCUCCCAAAGAGAUUCUCUGAGCUCAGAGCAGCCGCACGCUCCGGUCCAGUCGUCGUAAUCAAUGCUGAGACCGAGCGAUAUACUGCGCUUAUCGUACGAGAUAAUGAGGACAGCAUCAUCGAGGUUCCACUCCCUAAUCUUACCCGUGCACAUUUGGUGAAGCUUUCGUCUGCAUGGCUGAAGGCAUUGGAGGACUCGGGGAUAUACUUUGGCUCACGGCGUGGGUUGAAGAGAACGAAAGCAUCGUCGUCGAACCCGAUUGUCGUUAUUGAGAGGAUCUUGGGAGAUCUCUGGACGAAUGUGGUCAAACCUAUCCUAGACGAAAUAUUACGCACGGUUAGUAUAUCUCCAUACGCCUUAUCAUCGUCUCCGACUGAAUUCAUUCGGUCGGACAGUGUUUACAAGACGAAGGCAAACUCCUCCACGUCACAUGGUGUCCAACUGGCCUGCUUUCCGCUUUACCUAUCCACGCUGCCGGUCUUUACCGCGCGCAAGACCAGAACCUCCCGCCUCUUCAAACACGUCGUGUCCUCCUACGCACCUAGUCUCAGCGCUAUCCUGGCGGCUCAAAGACCUCGCAAACAGGGCUCCGAAGGUAUCUUGAUCGUAAGCCAGCCAUCGACCCCAGGCUACACGCCACUCCCCCAGACCACAAGAGAGGCAGAAAAAGUCCUCCAUCGCACAUCGCACAUGCCCAACUCAUGGCUCAAAGGAGAGCACGCGACCACUUCCUCCGUCCUUAGGGAACUCGAUCGCUUCAGCUGGAUCCACCUCGCCUGCCACGGAAUCCAAGACCCCCACCAAGCAACUAAUAGCGGUUUUCAGCUUCAAGACGGAAGGCUCACGCUCUCGGCCCUCACGCGUAAAAACUUGCCCCACGCAGAUUUCGCGUUUCUGUCGGCGUGUGAGACGGCGAUGGGGGAUAUGAAACGUUCGGAGGAGGUUAUACAUGUGGCGGCGGGGAUGUUGGCAGUUGGGUACAGGUCGGUCGUGGCGACGAUGUGGUCGAUUCGGGAUGAGGAUGCGGUGAGGGUGGCGGAUGCUGUUUAUGCUUUUAUGAUGAGGGACGAAGAUUCGAACGCGGGUGGGAAGAGUGUGAGUGCAGCAUACGCGUUGCACAAGGCUGUGGGGCGGCUGCGAGAGACGGUCGGAGAGAGAAAUUUUCUUUCAUGGAUGCCUUUCAUACAUAUGGGCAUUUGA